AUGUUGAUUAGUUUAAUUCGAUUAAACAUUGCAAAUCAAGAAGAAAAAAAUAAAUUAAUCACAGAAUUAGAAAAAUUACGUGUUCAUUUAAGAAGAGGAUUCGAAGAAGAAAUUAUUAUGAAUCAGGAUGGCACAACAAUAUAUGUAGAUACAAUUAAUCACUGCUUACUUUAUGCCUUUGGUGAAUGUUAUGAACAACAUACAAAUCGAUGUGUAGCAUGUGAUCGGCUAUUUGAAUUUAUUCAAUAUCUUAUGACAAAUCUCAAGGAACAUUAUUCAACUAUUGAAGAAUGCCAUGAAGGUGAAAAAAUACAAACUGCAAUAGCUGACUUAGAAGGAACUUCGGUUGCAAAUAUAGAACCUAUACGUAAUAACCACAAUGUUAAAACAAUUGCUGGUAUUACUCAAUUGUUUUAUUUUGAAUGGCCAAUUAAUGGUGAUUAUACCAGAUAUAUACGAGCACGAUGCUUACCACAUACUGGAUCAUGGUCACAGUUUUCACCUUUUGAAAUAUCAAAACUAACUACAAUACCUGUAAACAAACCAACACCCAAUAUUACUCCUCAUUCGAUUCCAAAAAAUCUAUGGAAUUUUUCAUUAUCUCGAAAACAAGAACAAUGUAAUAAUCCAAUUUAUUCAUUAUUAGAUGUAGAAGAAGUAUUCGAAUUAAAAAGAGGUUGGGCGUUAAAAAGUAAUCAGAAAUAUGGAAAAAGAGGAGCAGGAAAACGAAUGACAAGCACAGUAAAAUCUUACCUUGAAGGUUAUUUUUUGGCGGGUAAUGUGAAUAAAACAGAUCGAAUGACAGCAAAAGAUAUGGUAGAGCAACUUCAAAUUCUUGCAGAAGAAGGUGAAAUUCUGGUUGAGGAUAUUCCUGAAGUAACGAAGGUUGCAAAAUGGAUUCCACGAUAUGCAGCAAGUCUAAAAAGACAUACAGCAGAGACUGCAAUAGAAGAAAGCAAUACCACUGGAGAUCUUAAUAAUAGUAAUCAAGGAACAAGAAAACCUAAUAGCGAAAAAGGUAAAAAAGUUGUUUGUUACGAUAAUAAUGGUGAGACUGUAGUGAAACGGCAGAAAAGAGCAAGAUUUUGA